ACGAAAGCCAGCGCCUGCCUUCACUGCAAGAUAGUUUUAGUUAGAGUUGGGCAGCCGUGGUGAUUGUAGUUGUGUGUGUGCCGCUUUCGUCCAUUGGAUAAAUUACAGCUUAUUCUGGCCUAGGGACCUCACCCUGCUGUUUUAUCGUCUCCAUCCCUACACCCUCGAUUUUUAACCCUGUGCUGUUGAUAUCUUCCCGUGGUAGAUAUUCUCCUGAAGCAUCAUCACCUUGAACUUUGGAGGCGAGGGCCGUUCGUACGCCUAUCCAUAACAGAUUGAUUUCCUGUGACCCAAAGUGUACAAUGAGGUGAGGAUGCCGGCGGUUCAGCCCGCCCCCGGUGCCGCCUCCGGCGCCACCCCCGCUAUGCAGCGUCGCCACAGCAGCGCCUCCUCCUCCGACACCGGAUCAGACCCGGGUCUGCCGGCUAGCAGACAUACUUCUCAAGAGAACAUAGCUCUGAUUCCGACCCGGAUGACGAAGGUGGCCACAUCUAAGCCAGCAGCCAAUCCCCUGCAGUUCGUGAAAGUGGGCCCCUGCGACCUGUCGCGUUACGCCCAGGAACAGCUCAAGAAGGCGGAAGAGAUCAAGAAGGUGAAGCCAGAAAGGCGAGAUGAGGCAGAGGAUUGGCAGUCGAAUUUGGACAACUGGAAAGUCAGCAGAAGAAAAAGGCAGGAGCACAUCAUUGAAAGGGUUGUGGAGGUGAAAAAACUGGAGCUGGAAGAGCAUGAUCGCAACCGUAGGCGCAGCAAAACCUUCAAUGAGAUGUUGGAAGAAAGGAACUCUAAGGGGAGAAAAACCAGUCUUCCAGUUUUUCAGGAUGAUGACAAUGACCUUAGUGACCUUGGCCUCUCAACCCCUAAGACCAAUGGAGAAGACAGUGUGUUUCAUGAGGGAAAAGAGCCAGAGUCCAGCAGCGAUGAUGUCUCCAGUGCCUGCAGUACUGGAAUGAAUGGAGAGAAGGGAUCCACCAAUGGGCACCUCCAACGAGAGCCAUCCUCUGAACAGGAGGAGUACACGUAUGAACGUGCAAUUCAAAAUUAUGUGAACUUCACAGAAUCUAGAGUUCGAGGAAGGUCACUAACUCCAUCCGGAUCUGAUAGUUCAAAAUUAACCAAUGGUUUUUCAAAGAAAUCGUCACCUCCUAUUCCAGCGAAACCGAGAAGAGGUUCUUGUAAAAUAGAAGAGAAACUUUCAGAACUUGAAGAGAUCAAGAAAAAAUCAAUGUCUACAAAUGAUUUAACAGAAAAUACAAAGAGGCCUCUCAGUGUACCUAAAGUUGAUAUUUUGAAACGAAGGGAAAUGUUUGAAAAGUCCCAAGAAGAAGAAACACCCAGUGUUAAAAACAGGCUCUCAGGAGACUUUGGUUCCUCUAAAAGUAUUCGUGAUAGAGUUUCAUCUCUUGGCAAACCUGCUGAAGACGUGCAGAGUAUAAAGAAAAUUAAUAGACUAUCAGCUGAAGUAUCAGUUAAAGACAGGUUGUCAAGCAUUGAGAAACAAAAGUCAAUAGAAACUAUGCCCACAAAAUCAAAUACAUCACAAAAUGAUAAUAUAACCAUCACAAACUCUGUCAAAGAUAGGUUGACAUCAUUGCAAAAAAUGUCUUCCUCGUCAGAACAAAAACAAACAAAUAUCCCCAGUCAGGUAACUGUUGCAAAAGUUGAAGUGAAAGAAAAAAUACUAGCUAAAAAUAGCGUAACUAAAGAAAUUGUGCCAGCCAGAAUACCAGAAAGCAAUGAGAAAAAUGGAAUAGCAGAAAUAAAUUCAGAAAAUAAGGAUAAAGAAAGAAGUAUGUUUAAUGGCGCUCAAAAGGAAGAAGAGAUUAGUGUAGAGGAAUUGAGAGAGAAAUCAACCUUCAGUCCAACAGAAGACAUGUAUGAGAGCAAGAGGCAGCAACAUUACAGGCAUAGGUCAUUGGAUAGUUUGGAUGUAGAAUCAAACGAUGGAGUAGGCAACGAGUCUUUUGAGAGAGUACAAAGCCUAGAAGACCUAGACUUCUGCAGAAACUACCCUCCGAGCUCUGUUAGUGGAGACACGGAUCGAGAGGACAGUGGCAUUCAUACAGCCGACGUGUCAAGUUCUGUCAGCCAGGCCGAUGACUGUGACUUGCAUUUGGAUAGUGAAUUCCACCAGCAGCCUACCAUACUGGAAGAGAUAAAUAAAAAUUCUGACCUUACCACCAACCUUAUCAUAAAACAAACGAACCAAAUCAAUGUAAGUGAUCCGAUUAUGGAAACACCUCUUGAAUUAAUGCCUGGAUCAGAGGUUACGGAAAACUCUUGCAGCUUCCUAAAACUUCCAUUAAGGCUUGACUGUGAUCCUCUACCCGUGAUCCUAGAAAGUCCCUCAGAACCGAUUCCCCCCACAAUCAUAAAAGAAUGUCCCGAGUCCAAAGUCUCCAUCCCUCCAUCGAGUGAUUCUAGUCAUACCGUCACUCCUAGUCAAUCUAACGUUACCACUAAUGCUGAAAGUGACUCUAAUUCUCUUGACAAAAGUGAAACUGUAAAUACAAACUGUGAACAAUGUAACAAUGUAAGUCUUACUGUCGGUGGAGGCGAGACUUCAGUAGCUAACUCUGUACCUGUACUCUCUCUCUCCCCUGUGGAGAUCUUGCAUGAUGGGGGUGUUGAGAUCAGUCAUGCCAUCGACCUUGGGCAGCUGUCCUCAUCUCUACCGGAUCCUCAGGUGUCUGUGCACACUGAAUAUAAAUUUGAACCCAGUGAGCAGAAGCUGGAGGGGGUGCACCACUUGAGUGCCCUUACAGUAGACGUGACCAAGCCUGACUUAUCCUGUCCCAUCAUGCCCAUCAACACGCACACUCUCAGUAUGCCAAUCUUCCCGGACACAGACUCAACUAAGCUGAUUGAGAGCAUUGAAGUGGUGUUCCCUCUCAGCCCCUCAACUCUGGAACCUCCCAAAGAAAAGCCUCCACCUCCACCGACAGAAAUCAGUGAUGAUGACGAUACCACCAAUACUAGCAGCAAACCUGUGUCACUGAGGAGGCUGGACUCAACCAAACGAAUCAAAAAGGAGAUCCGACAAAAGCGAUCCUCCUUCUUGGGAAUUGAAGGCUCUAAUGAUGACAAUUAUUUGGAACCAGAACUGGAGUUGGUGCGUCGUCCCCCAGAUAUCACCAGUUUCCUGGCGGAGGAGAAGCGGCUGGAGCAAUUACUUUAUCGCCAAAGUAUCUGUAGCGAGAGCGAGAGCCGAGACUCUGGCGUGGAACUAGAGAAACAUCAUGAUGACCUGCCCUGGUCCCCCCACCCUGGUCACCACUCUCGGGACAACAGCGAGACAUAUGCAAACACGAGCACUACCUCAGAGGAGGAGGAGAUUGUGAAGAAGGAGAGGGAGAUCAUCGAGAUGUUGGAAAGAGAAGAGAUCAACAGUUACACAACUACGGCGCAAGAUGAGGACAACAUUGGAGAGAAGCUGGCAGAGCGGUUGCGGGAGCUGGAAGCAGAGAAGACCCGUCUCGAGUGGGCACGGGAAGAGGAGAUGUCUCGCAGGAAGGCAGAGGAGGCGGUGCGUGCCGAGCAGCAGAGUCGGAUACAGGCACGGGAACUUGAGCUGUGCAAACAAGAGAACACUCAGGCAGGACAAGAACUGGACAAAAAUAUGGAGUUGUUGAUGGCUGAGAGAGAGAGGCUGGAGGCAGAGCAAGCAUCCCUGGCUCGGCAGCGGGAUGUGCUGUUACAACACCAGUACAACCUAUCACUGACAGACGUGCGUGUGUCCGAGCCCACUGCCACACCCAGCUAUCGGCGCUCCAUGCAAGACCUGCGCGUGCCUGAACCUGCUAUCACCUGCUACAGGCAGCCCGCCGACCCCCCAACCACCGCCGACAACCGGCGUUCCAUGCCCAAUCUGGCAACUCAACCUCGCCGUCCCCCACCACCGAUACCCCCCGCUAAACCUCUCAUCAUCCCUCGCACCCAGGACAAGAGGACGCCCAGCCCCAGCACUCAGCAGAUGACACGUCAGACUCUGCAAGCGCUCAGUGCUGCACCAAAGCCUCGGCUCAAUGACAACUGGGUGCAGGCCAAACGCAAGCCCAACAACUACCAGCACUGGCUCAUACAGGAAGCUGAGCAGAGGCGGAUAACUGAACAUCAUCAGAGGCAAGCUCCUCCUCCUAGGAGACCUGUCCCUCCACCCCCACAACAGAACGGGGGCAGCAGUUGGGGCAGCAGCAGCAGCGGCAGCAGUGGGCAGUACACAAACUGGCAGCCGGCCGGAGGGCAGUGGGGGGCUCCUCACCCUCCGACUCCACGGUCCGACAAACCCCUGCCCGAUUCCAUCAUACAGACCUUGACGCAGAGGGUGCAGAACAGGCUUCACACUGCCGACCCCAACAACAAUCGUCGCAGGAUGGAGCAGAACCCAGUGAUAGAACACAGACCACAAGCUCCAGCUUCAGACAGCCAGGAGAAGAUGUUGAGUGUCAGCGGCAAAAAGAAGUGUUCCCAUUGUGGGGAUGAGCUGGGUCGAGGUGCUGCAAUGAUCAUUGAGAGUCUGAGGUUGUUUUACCACAUUGACUGCUUCAAGUGUUGCGUCUGCUGUGUGCAGCUUGGCGAUGGGCUGAUGGGAACGGACGUGAGGGUGCGAAAUAACAAGCUGCACUGUCACAACUGCUACUCCAGUGAUGACGGCGUCAAGUUCAGCUGUGUGUGAAGUGGUAGUCACACUCUUUCAGUACACGAACCGAGGCUAUGAUGUCUUGUCUGCUCCAAUAACAGUUGGAUGUCCACAUCACUUAGUGAAUCUGGCUUCGAGACAUCAUUGUUUGAAAAAAAUUAAAUUUUGGAAGAAAAUUUGUUUAGAAAUAUUUUUUAUUUCUAGAUAUUUAGUGUUGGUUAAUACUUUAUUAGUAGUUCAUCUACUAAGAAAAAUUGUAUAAUUUGGUUAGCAGUUUCGUCUUUUAUUUCAGAAAACGUCUUUGUGUAAUGACGUAAAGUGCUUUGCUAGACUUGCAAACGUAUAGUUAGACGUAAACCAAUAACCACAGAUAAAUGAACCAUAUAGUUAGACGUAAACCAGUAACCACAGAUAAAUGUACCUAACUAGACGAAUGUUGUUGUCUUUAUCUUACGUUGUUUAUCUUUAAUGUUUAAGUAAAGUCUAUGUGAUGUGAUUGUGAAAGUGUUGUGGGGGGGUUUUGCGAUGGUGGUGGUUAUUCUGAGUGAGGUCUUCAUACCACCCGAUGUGCAUCAAACAGUUUUCCUCCUUCUACAAGGUCUAUGUCACUAGUGAACUGUGUCUAUUUGUUGAGUUUACAAAUUCAAUUAUCAGUCUCAGAUUAGUCGAGUCAGCAGCAGAUUAUAUAGUAGUAGCUUUAUUUGUUUAGUAGUACCAGAAUGUAAAGUGAAGUAAAUAUAGUUAAAGCUCCAAUACGUGUACCUUGAAUGUCUAUAGUGUAUUAAUAUACUGUAAAUAAUAUGUACAUUUAAUGUAAAUUUAUUUAUAGAUAAAAUGAAAUGUAAAAAAAAGUAUUGUAAAUAAAAGAUAUAAUAUAAAAAAUAUUAGAAAAGCAAGAGAAAUAGUUUAUAUCAACUUUUAACAAUUUGUAUAAUAGAACAAAUCAAAGGACUACAUAAUAUACUAAGAAGUACACAAACUCUACCGUUAGCUCUUAGUGCGAUAUUGGUUAAGGCAUUGCAUAGUCUUUAUACACUUGGCAUGUAUAGUUUUAAUUUUGAACUCAAUGUUGUACUUUUGUAUGAAUACACUGACAUAAUAAAUAAUAUAUUUUAA